GCGGCGGGAAACCUCACCCCAAGCCCAAGCCCAAGCCCAAAUCCCCUUCCAAUCCCCAAACUCCCCCUCCCACCGGUCACCGUCCCCACCGUCCCACUCCCCAAGCUCCCCGUCCCUCCGGUCACCGUCCCCACCGUCCCCAUCCCCAAGCUCCCCGUCCCUCCGGUCACCGUCCCCAACGUCCCAAUCCCCAAGCUCCCCGUCCCUCCGGUCACCGUCCCCACCGUCCCCAUCCCCAAGCUUCCCGUCCCCAACCUACCCAUUCCUCCGGUGACCGGCGGGUCCAAGUCGCCGCCGGCCGCCUGCCCGCCGCCGCCGGCGAAGAAGGAAACCUGCCCAAUCGAUGUCCUGAAGCUGGGAGCCUGCGUGGACCUGCUCGGCGGGAUCGUCCACAUCGGGCUCGGGGAUCCGGUGGUGAACAAGUGCUGCCCGGUGCUCGCCGGACUCGUGGAAGUCGAGGCCGCCGUUUGCCUUUGCACUACGCUGAAGAUCAAGGCGUUGAACUUGAACAUCUACGUGCCUCUGGCUCUUGAGUUGCUCAUUACUUGCGGGAAGUCGCCUCCUCCUGGCUACACUUGCUCCCUUUAGGGUUUCGAAGCCGCUGCAGGCAGCUGAUGAAGGUAGUGACAUGGAUGGAUGAUUGAAUUACUCGACAUGAGAGGAUGUCGGGCAUUCUCUCUCUUAAUUUAUCUAUUCUCUCUCUCUCUCUCUAUGGUUUUUCUUCUCUCUCUAUUUUCAUUAUUAUGGCAAAGGGGGUGUGGUUGUAUUUCGAAUGGGGUUUUGAAUUGGCAUUGAAGAUGUUUGGAUUCUAAUGGUGUGUAGACCAUUUGUUGUUAUAUGAUUUGUUUGUUUGCAUGGUGUGUGUGGGGUUUUGGUCUGUCUUAGAGAAGCAAUUUGAACCAAGAGAGGACGACACAUCUUUCUCCAUCUUCCUUGUCUUUGUGUAUUGAUUGUCACGAUACAAAAGAAACGGAACAUCUAUCGUGUUAGAUUCUCAUCAAGAUAAACUAUGAGCAAGGAGUUGAACACAAAAGUCGACAUGCUUUUCCGAGCACAUCACGAAAAGUUGUACUAAGUUUCCAAAAAACUUUGAUAGUGAUAUCUUAUUUUCGAUUGUUAAGAGUCAAGUCUGAAAUCUUUAAUUAUUUCGAUCGAUCUAUAGAAAAGUACAAUUAACAACGGUAAAAGGAUUGGUUUCAACGUCCUGUUUUCUAUUGUUACAUAUUUCUGGAGCGAUGACUGUAGAAUUCAUUUUUCGGGCCCUGAUAGUUAGCCAUGCAUCAAUACACAUUAAAAUAACAAUUUGAGAUGUGAAAAAAAAAACUGUUGAUUAGUCCAUUUUCCUUAUCUCUCACGCA